AUGGCGGCCGUUGCUAUCCCCCCCGGAGGCACUCUCCUCGACACCUUCAAGCAGUCCUUCACCGACGUCCCCAUCAAUGCCGACAAGGAGAACGCCAUUGGCACCUCCGAGUUCCUCGAUGCCGCCGAGUCCCUGACCACCAUCUUCGAUGCAUUGGGCUCUGUGGCUUUCUCUCCCGUCAAGAAUGACAUGAUGGGCAACAUCAAGAAACUCCGCGACCGUCAACUAGCUGCCCCCGCCGAGUCCGAGACCAUCCAAGAGCUCGUCAAGAACGAGCUCAAGACGAAGAAGCAUGUUGCCACAGAGGGCCUGCUAUGGCUUACACGCGGCCUCGAGUUCACCUGCGCCGCCCUGAGCGCCAACGUCGCCAAAGAGACCGAGGAGCUGUCCGAGUCCUUCCGCGGCGCCUACGGCAACACCCUCAAGCCCCACCACAGCUUCCUGGUGAAGCCCAUCUUCAGCGCCGCCAUGAGCGCCUGCCCGUACCGCAAGGACUUCUACGCCAAGCUCGGCUCGGACCUGCAGAAGGUGCUCAGCCAGCUGCGGACCUACCUCGCCGCGCUGGACAAGAUCGUCGGCAUCCUGAAGGGCUUCCUGGCAUCCAAGGAUGCCAAGUGGUAG